GAGGUGAGCCGGUGUCAAGGCGUUUGUAUUGAUUGCUCUCUCGUGUCACUGUAGGACCUGGUCAUUUCUGACGCAACUGCAAUGACGGCCACAACCCCCAGUGGUCAGUCUGACCGGCCUAGACAAACAGAGAAGGGGUAGGAGUGAGAGCUAAAAACAGUGUGAUGUUUACUAACUGAUAGCGUACGAGCCCACAUUCCUCUGGUUAAGAUAAAAGCAGAGCUCUGGGAAGCAGACUGGGAUUCGAGCAGAGGAAAUACAGUGCAUUUAGAAAAUAAAACAGUUGAAUACUUUUCACAUCUUGCUGUACUGCAGAAUUAAAGACAUCUGAGAUCCCACAGUGUGACACUGUCAUCAUGUUCAGUCUGACAACAACCAACAAUUGCGAAGGACUAUUAAAAUCACACACUGAGUGCCCAGCUUUAGGCUUAUGGUGCUUACCGUUGGACCGUUUUAAACUUCUUCCAUUUAAGAAUUAUGGAAGCCGCUGUUCUCUUGGGGACCUUCAAUACAUCAGACAUUAUUCUUCCUCCCCAGCUCUCAAAACGAUCCUGUUUCUGAGCUCUUCACACAGAUCCUUUAAUGUGAUGGCUUUGUUUUUGCUCUGAUUUGUAUUUUAGCUUGUAAAAACUUGUUCCAAAUCAUGGCCAGUCAGUUUGCAGAUGAUUUGCAGCACUAUAUUUGGAUGCACCUACAUAUUUAAAGUGUCACGGCAAAGGGUAAUAAAGUUAAUUUUAACAUUUAAAUAAAAUUUGCAAAGAAUUUAUUAUAAUUUUUUUUAUACUAUAAAUUGAACUGAUCAAAACAGCACUUUCGUCAAUUACAUUGUCACGUUAGUUUCAUCAUUGUGCCAGCUUAACAAACACAUUUUUCACAAAUGCUCUCACAUAACAGCCGUGGUUUACAAGACAGGAAGUCAGAAUUAUCAUGUGGGAGAAGAUUAAGAAAUGAUAAAAAAAGAGAGUCUACAACAGCUUUUCUGCUGAAGGUAACAACAGAAGGAGAACACAAGGGAAAGAGUAUAUUUAAAGGUAAGAGAAGAGAAUCUGGCCAGUGAUUUGCAGCGAUGGUGAACAAUAAGACAGUGAUGGUGGUCGUUCUCCUAAGCAUCUUUGUGGCAGGAAAUCAAACAAAAGGAUAUCAAGACACUGCAUCUCGACAGAAUAAAGACGCGAUUAAACAGCUGACAGAUUUCAAAGAGCAGACCUUUAUUCCAGGCAGCAUUGUGACUUUACAGUGUGGUAAUGUCACUGACAUCAAAUGGAAUGAACUUAUUUAUAUUGUGUGGAACAUCAGCCUGCAAGGGAGAAAAUGUUGGCUUGGUUUGGCACGCGAGCUGGACGACACAUGUAAAGAUGGAAAGAGGCUGUUAAACACCUCAGAUGGAGUUUAUUUAGUCAUUCCCAGGAUUUCAAGAGAAGAUGAAGGAUUUUAUUAUUGUGAUCUUUCAUAUACAGGAGGAAGCUAUGCUGUAAAUGUGUCUGUGAGCGUUCCCCAACUUUCCACCCAGCUGGACAGUGACAUUUAUCAAAGGAUUGCUGUCUGUCGGGCCACAUACACACAAAAGACAGCACCCACUCUUCACUGGGAACCUGCCCUGAACUUUUCCUCCAAUGUCAGCUCUAUCGAGAAGCAUGGCAGGUUUUUUACUGUGGAGAGUCGAGUAUAUCUGCUGGACAAUGUCACCAUCAGUGAGCUCAGCUGUGUGGCCACAUACUCCUCCGAGUCGGGCUCGGUUCAGCACAAGAGCACACUUCAUCUUAAUCAAAGAAUAACGUUUUGUCUCAGAAUGAAGUAAGAAACUCCCCCAAAGAGGUGAAGAAAUACAGAGGAUAAUCAGGAUGUGGACAACAAAAACGGCAUGAUAAGAAAGUGAAUCGAAGGAGUGUGUUUACCUGAGAACUGCUGACAUUUUAACAGAGCAUCUGAAGAAUUACAGCAACAGAGGGCAUUAAAAGGUUUCCUUUUUGCUUUCUUUUUUCCCCUCUUAAUUGAAGAUGCAAUUAAAAUUUUUAAUUUGGCCUCUGAGUCAACAAAAAAUAGUUUAAACAUUUUGCUUGUGCUAUCUUACUUUUGUAUAAAUGCAGCUUGGGUUGAUAUUUUGUCAAUGCAGUGACCUUUGUAAAGCUUUAAGUGUGACUUAUGUGUCCAAAGGCCUUUGGGGGCAAUUGUAAAACGAGCAGUUUAACUGAGAUGCAUGAUAAAACACAGUACCAAAAACUAU